CGCACACACACGCACAUGCACACACACGCUCACACACACGAGCACAACAACAUGGAAACACAAGACAAAACUAAAAUCCAGAAGGAGGAAUGACGUGCUGGACGAAAAGGAGGACGAGAGAGAAGAGCAACGUAAAUGGAGAUUCCUGAAGCCUCUGUGUUUGCAGCCGGUAUCACGUCCGAACUUCCCUCAUACACAGAAGCGAUUCAGAGUCCACUGCCUUCAACACCACCGCCUAGUUAUGUGGAAGCAGUGGGUGUCCCGCCACUGCAGUUGGACAAUGCUGCAUCUCCUUAUCCCAUCCUCUACAUUCCCCCAGCGGUCACGCCCGUACAGCUCACACAGCAAGUGACCGCCCAGCCUUCACCCCAUCAUGUGACUCCACAGCAGCAGGUGGUUGGAGCACUGGGAGACGCCCCCACUGCCAUUAUCUGCCCUCACUGCCAUUGUCUCAUUAUCACCAGGGUGCAUAAUAAGCCUGGAAGUGCAGCCUGGGCCAUGUGCUGUCUGCUCGCAUUUUUGGGACUCUUCUGUGGAUGUUGUUUAAUCCCCUGCUGCAUGACAGAGUUCCAGGAUGUUCAUCAUUCAUGUCCUGCCUGUAAAGGAUACCUGGGGAAACAUCCUCACUAACACACACACACACACACACACACACAC